AUGUUAAGAGUAUUUAUAAUUUUAUUAGUGAAACUUUAUAGUGCAAAAAGUUCUGCAAAUAGUUCAUAUUUAGUUACAAAACCCCAACUUAUUAAAGAAUCAAAUAAUUUAAAAAAUAAUUCAUCAAAUGUAUUUGAAGAAUUUAGACCUGGUAAUGGUUGUUAUCCUACUGGAAUGAGUAGAAAAAAUCAAAAGAAUACUAAAUCUUUAAUGACUCAAAUUAAAGACGGUUAUCCUAUAUUAAUUGAUUUUGAUGAUGGUAAAUGUGGAGGAGAAGAAUGUUAUGAUAUGUGUAAGGUUUUUAGAUUGCAAUUUAAGGAUUUUUUCUACCAUCCAAAUACUUCUCAAGAAGUCAAGAAAUUAUUAACAUUAGAAAAUUAUAAAAAUUUAUCAAAAAUUAAAAAGUUUGUUGUAUUUUGGCAAGGAAAAGCAUACUUUGAUUUAAAAUCAGUAGAAAGUAUAUUUAAACCGGUAAAAAUUUUAAAACCUAAAGCUGAAGAAUAUGAUGAUGUUUCUAUUAUUACAAGUUAA